AUGCCUCACUCGGACAGCGACGGCCCUCUGAGCAAGAGGCAGAAGCUCAAUGUUGCCGCCAAAGAUGUGGCCACUUCAGAACAGGCGUCACGCAUUUUUGCCCCCUUCAGAACAGUCGGCCUGGUCUCUCCUACCAAUGUCCCAUUCACCUCGAUACCCCUCGGAAAGACCACCUAUCAAGUGACCACCUCUGUUGGCCGAGCAUUGCAGACUUACGACUUGAAGAGGGGCCUUAAUCUCGUCUUCGUCACGCGCCCUCAGACCCCCGCCGACAUCACCGCCACAUGUGCCUGGAAGGAAAAGGUUUUCGUCGCAUGGGGCGACCGAAGCCGAGGAGAAGACCAAGGCCUGUGGGCCUUCCAUCGCGGUCGAAGGUCCGAAGAACUGGAGCUUCCCGCUGAUCUCGACGAACCCAUCAAGCAGAUCUUGAUCUUUGGUUCCUGGAUGGUCGGAUGCGCGACCACGAGGCUCGAAAUCUGGAAGACCUCAACGUUGGAACAUUACACGACGCUUCACACCCUAGCCACCAAGAAGGGCGAUAACGAGAUCACCGGAGGUGUCACCAACAUGCCUACAUACCUCAACAAAAUUUUUGUCGGCCGCAAGGAUGGCUGGGUGGAGAUAUGGAACGUGAGCACCGGCAAGCUCAUCUAUACUAUCCUUCCACCCUCGCCCGACUGUGGCUCGGUCACCUGCUUGCAACCUUCUCCGGCGCUGUCUCUUCUCGCCAUUGCUUAUUCGAAGGGCCCGCUAGUCGUCCACAAUAUCCUUACCGACAAAUCGAUCAUUCAAGUCAAUGCCGGCAACGAAUAUGAACCCGUUAAUGCAAUCUCGUUCCGCACCGACGGUAUGGGCGCAGGCCACGAUGGACGUAAAGACGGUGUCAUGGCCACCGCCACUGCUGCCACUGGCGAUGUCACUUUCUGGGAUCUGAACCACGGUGGCAGAGUCAUGGGUGUGCUGCGUAGCGCCCACAACCCUCCGGUCGAGGAAGGAGCCAAGGUCCGUGGCGGCGUGAGCAAGAUUGAGUUUUUAUCCGGCCAGCCCGUCAUUGUGACGAGCGGUAUGGACAACUCGCUCAAAACCUGGAUGUUUGACGAGUCCCCCUUCUCUCCGAUCCCUCGAAUCCUUCACCAGCGAAGUGGUCAUGCGGCGCCCGUCAAGUGCCUGCAGUUCCUGCCCACUGACUUUGACGGCGCGGAAGCCGGAAACAAAUGGCUGCUCAGUGGUGGCCAGGAUCGAAGCCUGUGGGGUUGGAGUCUGCGACGCGACGGCCAGAGUACGGAACUGAGCCAAGGCAAUAUUCGCAAGCAAGCCAAGAAGCACGGGAUCCUGUCAACGCGAGCCUUGGCCCAUGGCCCUACUACAAGUCUAGAGGAUCUCAAGGCGCCGGAAAUCACUUGCAUUGCAAGCUCGCUCAACCGCGACGGUGGCAUUGGAGCCAUUCCCGGCAAGCAGCCUAUCUGGCAGAAGCGCAGGGACAACAAGGCACAAAGGCUCGACGCCGAGAUCAGUGGCAUGACGGGCUGGGAGAGCGUUGUUACGGCUCACGUUGACGAUUCAUUCGCCCGCACUUGGUUCUGGGGUCGAAAGAAGGCUGGCCGCUGGGCGUUCCCCACGGGCGAUGGUGCUCACGUCUCGACGGUCGCCAUCAGCCCCUGUGGCACGUUUGCUCUGGUCGGUUCCGUCGAAGGUGGCAUUGACAUGUACAACCUUCAGUCCGGCAUCCACCGACAACGCUUUCCGGCAAAGCUUACUCCCGCACAGGCGCGAGAGAUCAGGAUCCAGCAGCUCAAAACAGGCGACGACUCGAUCCAGGUUGCCGGCGGAGGCUUUUUGCAAGGAACAGGCCGCCACAUCAAAGCUGUCACCGGCAUCAUUGUUGAUUCCAUGAACAAGCACAUUGUCUCCUGUUCCCUGGAUGGCAAGAUCAAGUUCUGGGACUUUUUGACGGGCAGGCUGCUUCAGCAAAUCGAUUGGGCACCAAUGGUCGGCAUAACCGGAGGACGUUACCACGCCGGUAACGAUUUGCUUGUGUUCGCCUGUGACGACCUUUCCAUCCGAGUUGUGGAUCUCGAGACCAAGAAAACAAUCCGCGAGUUCUGGGGUUGUGAGGGCAAGAUCAACGACUUCUGCUUCUCAAAUGACGGCCGCUGGGUUAUUGCCGCAUCCGACGACUCGGUGAUCAGAGUCUGGGAUCUCCCCACAAGCCAUCUGAUUGACGCCAUUCGCCUGGAAAAGCCUUGCACCGCCCUGGCCAUGUCCAGCACCGGCGAGUUCUUGGCGGCUACUGUCCAGGGUGAGCUCGGUGUGACGCUUUGGACAAACAAAACCCUGUACAAACAUGUUCCGACGAGACAAAUUUCCGAGAAGGAGGUGGGCACAACGACUAUGCCGACCGCGUCAGGCGAAGGCAGCAAGGGCCUUGUCGAGGCAGCAUUUGAUGACGAGGCCGAGCCCGAAGAAGACGAUCCUACCGUGGCACCGGCGAUCGAUCAACUCAGUUCUGACAUGAUGACCCUGAGUUUGGUGCCGAAGAGCCGCUGGCAGACAUUGCUCCACCUCGACCUCAUCAAGCAACGUAACAAGCCCACCGAGGCUCCCAAGGUGCCGGAGAAGGCGCCCUUCUUCCUUCCCUCGACCAGCGGCGGCAAGCCUGCGCCUGCCCUCGAGGGUGCGGCAGACACGGCACCCGAAUCCACGUCCCGGAUCACGAAGCACGAGCUUGGACGCGUGCAGGAGAUCUUCACCAGUAGGCUGAUGGAUGGCGCCGUCUCCGGAGACUACGUUGACUUCAUCGAACACUUGAAAUCGUUAUCUCCUUCAACGGCAGACCUCGAGCUCCGCUCCCUGUCAAUUGGUGACAUGAGCGGCAACGAAACCAACGGUUUGGUACACUUCAUCAAGGCUUUGACAAGCCGUCUCAAGUCCCGUCGGGACUAUGAGCUGACGCAGGCGUGGAUGACUGUAUUCCUGAGGCUGCACUUUGACAUUGUCAUGGAGAACGAGGCGUCGCUGGCGGCGCUGCAAGAGUGGAAGGUCAUGCAGGAAAGCGAGUGCGCUCGCUUGGAUGGGCUGGUUGGGUACUGCAGUGGUGUCGUGGGUUUCCUGAGGAGUCCGAGGACAUAG